AUGAAUUCAGCCAAUAAUCGCCGGCUGGAACAUAGACAUGGUCACAGGGCCAAACGAUGUUUGGCUCUCAUUUUUUCUGUUCUUACCAUGAUUGGUUCAGGCUUCAUAAUCGGCUUCGGUAUUCAAACUCUUGUAGAAGUGUCAUUCACCGCAUCAAUAAUAGGAAACAGUGAAAUAAUUUACUGCCCUUAUCUACUUAUUGUGGUAGGAAUCUUGAGUUUCGUAAUGACACCGAUGGGAUUUUAUUCAAUUAUCCUUAAUGACAAAAAGUUGAUGGUAACUCACAUGUUCGCUACUUUCUUUCUUGGAGGCAUGUGUGCUAUGACGGCUGUGUUAGGAUAUCAUCUCAAUGCUCAUGUUACAAGCAAAGAUAUGGAGACAUGGAUGAAGCAAUCAAUCAGAGAGGACUACGGUAACCCAAUGGCUCCUCACAUCCAAGAAGAAUGGAAUAAAGCUCAUCAACAGUUUGAAUGUUGUGGAUACCGUAAUAUGAAUGAUUUUGUGAAGAGUAAAUGGUAUAUGAUGCAAAAGAAACUUCCAAAGCGGAGGAUACCAGAUAGUUGUUGUGCUAGCUGUGCAACAAUGCAUGAAAGAUUUUGUGUGGCAUUUUUCAAAGACCCCGUGCAAGAAACCGAAAAACUUAUGGUAAAUCAAACUAUAUGUUUGCAAGGUUAG